CCCCGCCCCGGAGUGAGGCGUCGCCUCCCCGCCUGCGGUGUGUGCGCCGUGUACACCGCGCUUAGUGUCGGGCUGGCCUCGGCGACUGGGAGAGGGCAUGGGGGAGACCCUGGGGUCGUGUGCUGCCAUCAUUCGUGCGGGAGUCUCCGGCCUUCAGUGCUGCUGACUCGCACGGGCUCUCCCUCCGCGCCCCCGACCCGGCGCAGCGGCGCCUGGGAGGGGGGCGGUCGGCCCGGCAGGGAGGAGCCACGGCCUGCGCGAGUCGCCCCCGCCCCGCGUCCGCCAGCCAGACCGGCUCGUUGACCCUUGCACCAAGGCGCGCUGGGUGCGCGUGCUCGCGCGCGCGCGCGCGCCGCCGCCCGCAGAGAUCCUGGAGGGAGCGCGCCCCGCGCCCCCUCCCAGUCUCGGGUCUGGGGACUGUCGGGCCACUAGUCUGCCCCACCGCGCCAGCCACCACCGCAGGCUGCAGCCCAGCGCUCAGACCCUGCGGCCCGGGGCUCAGUUCCGGGCCUGGGGGCCCUGCAACCUAGCAGGGAGCUGCGGGAGCUUCUGGCAGGGCGAAAGUGACAGACCCCGCGCCAGGCUCCGGAGCUGGGGGCAUGGAGAACUCCUCGGCAGCGUCGGCCUCCUCCGGGGCUGGGAGCAGCCGCUCCCAGGAGAUCGAGGAGCUGGAGCGCUUCAUUGACAGCUACGUGCUGGAGUACCAGGUGCAGGGGCUGCUGGCCCACAAGGCGGAGGGCGACGGCGAGAGCCAGAAGACACAGUCCCCCGUCUCCCAGUGGACAGCGGACUGCAGCGAACAGCUGGACGGCAGCUGUUCCUUCUCCCGAGGGCGAGCCCCACCACAGCAGAACGGCAGCAAAGACAACUCUUUGGACAUGCUGGGCACCGACAUCUGGGCCGCCAACACCUUCGACUCCUUCAGUGGCGCCACCUGGGACCUGCAGCCCGAAAAGCUGGACUUCACGCAGUUCCACCGGAAGCUCCGACACGCGCCUAAGCAGCCGGUGCCACACAUCGACCGUGAAGGGUGUGGAAAAGGGAAGCUGGCGGAUGGGGAUGGCAUCAACCUGAAUGACAUCGAGAAGGUCCUCCCGGCCUGGCAGGGCUACCACCCGAUGCCCCACGAGGUGGAGAUCGCUCACACCAAGAAGCUGUUCCGGAGGCGGAGGAACGAUCGGAGACGGCAGCAGAGACCGCCAGGAGGGAACAAGCCCCAGCAGCACGGUGACCACCAGCCUGGCAGCACCAAACACAACAGGGACCACCAGAAAUCCUACCAGGGGGGCUCGGUGCCCCACCCCUCAGGGAGGCCCACGCACCACGGCUACAGCCAGAACCGGCGCUGGCACCACAGCAACAUGAAGCACCCGCCAGGAGACAAGGGGGAGGCGGGUACCCACCGCAAUGCCAAAGACACCGUGGCCAUCGAGAGCCCCAGACUCGAGGACAGCCUGGGAGACCCCGAGCCUCCCCGCAGCCCGGACGGCCCGGCCCCCACGGCCCCCGGGGGCCUGCCUGCCCAGCAGCCAGGGGGCCCAGAGGCCGAGAGCCGGCGGAAAGACAGCGCUCUUGCCGAGCGCAGCGGGGAGCGGCCCAGAGUCACCCUGCUCCAGUCUUCCAAAGACAGGCUGCGGCGGAGGCUGAAGGAAAAGGUACCGGAUGAAGUGGCGGUGGAGACGCCCAGCCCCCAGCAGAACAAGAUGGACAAGCUGACCGAGAUUCUGAACAGCAUGCGCAACAACAGCAGCGACGUGGACGCCAAGCUCACGUCCUUCAUGGAGGAGGCGCAGAACUCCACCAACUCGGAGGAGAUGCUGGGCGAGAUCGUGCGGACCAUCUACCAGAAGGCCGUGUCCGACCGCAGCUUCGCCUUCACGGCCGCCAAGCUCUGCGACAAGAUGGCGCUGUUCAUGGUGGAGGGGACCAAGUUCCGGAGCCUGCUCCUCAACAUGCUCCAGAAGGACUUCACGGUGCGCGAGGAGCUGCAGCAGCAGGACGUGGAGCGCUGGCUGGGCUUCAUCACCUUCCUGUGCGAGGUGUUCGGCACCAUGCGCAGCAGCACGGGCGAGCCCUUCCGCGUGCUCGUGUGCCCCAUCUACACCUGCCUCAGGGAGCUCUUGCAGUCUCAGGACGUGAAGGAAGACGCUGUCCUUUGCUGCUCAAUGGAGCUGCAGAGCACAGGCCGGCUGCUGGAGGAGCAGCUGCCCGAGAUGAUGGCCGAGCUCCUGGCCAGUGCCCGGGACAAGAUGCUGUGCCCCUCGGAGUCCAUGCUGACCCGGUCUCUGCUCCUGGAGGUCAUCGAGCUGCAUGCCAACAGCUGGAACCCUCUGACGCCCCCCAUCACGCAGUACUACAACAGAACCAUCCAGAAACUGACAGCCUGACCGCCGCGGGGCCAGAUGGACAGGCGGGAGGACAGGGGUGGCCCCCGCAGGAGAAGGAAGCAAGGACGAGGGCAGGCAGAGCCAGGAGCCGGUCUGGAGCCAGCCAGGGAAGGGAUCAAGUCCCUGAGAUGCGCGGCCCCCGCCCCCACUCAGGCCGACCCCUGCCCGCGCACGCAGAGCCCGCCCCCGUAGGGGAAGCAUGUUUCUUUUCACGGUGGUCCUGGCCCCCCCCACCGCACUCCCACAGAACUUCGUGCCCUGGGGGCUCACGUGUGUCUGUCGGAGACCCGGCAGCCUCUCACACUGGGUCAGACAGGACCUCAGAGAGCUGAGAAAGUAGGUGGAGGCGGGCAGGCCGGCAUUGUCCCCGCGUGCCGUCAGCCGCGGUCGCCAACUGGCAGCAGGCGACGUGUAGCAGAUGUCCGCGCGGACAAAGGCAGGCACGGUCCCCACCAGCCGCCCGUAAUUGGCGGCCUUUGUCAGCCCCGGUGGAGCCGCGUCUUUCUGUAACCUUCGCACUCCCCCCUCCCUCCGGCCCCCGCCCCCCCACCCCACCCAAGCCUCCGGCCUGCCAGAGGGGUCGGCAGCGGGGAGGGGGAACUGGGGGUGGCGAGGGCUUUUGUUUUAUUGUGAUUUCGUUUUCAAAAGUCGGCUGCUUUGAAGUCUCUUCUCGAUGUGAGGACCCCCGGUUAGUGGGAGAUCCAGCCGGCCCCCUCUGCGCAGGUUCCCUUGCCACAGACCGCUUGCCAGUGGCCAAUUAGGAUGACUGGAAGCUUCUGCCCCUGCGGGGGUCCCGCGUUCCUCGGCCCCAGGCCAGCAGCGCCUCUGCUCUCUUACUCUCGAAGGGCUGACACUGUCGCCACUGGGACUGCGUUCAUCCCAGAUGCCAGGUGGCGUGUCCCACGGGGCUUGUCCCCAGCUGAGCCUCGUCGCUGCCCUGGCCUCAUCCCGGACAGGGGACACCGCUCGUUCUCUGAGUCAGGUGACCAGGCGAGGCCACCAGAUGGAGCUUUCUGGGCUGGAAACAGGCUGGGGAUCCUGGAAACCCCCCGCCCCGUGCUAGGGAGCUGCCCCAUUGAGAUGGCCAGAGAGGAAGACGUGGCCAACCCCAGGGAAGUGCCAGGUGUAUGCACAGGCCCAUCUCCCAGGUCUGGAGCCCACCCUUUGAGGAGCCCCCAGGAAAUGACAGUCGGGGUCUCACCGAAGACCCUCCUCGGCCUGCUGGCCGAAUCCCCCUGGCUGGAGUGAAGGUGGGAAAGGGUCGCCUCUUUGUUUCUGAGUCCAGGGCUGUCAGGCGGGUGGGAAGAGGACUCCCCGGUCCUCUCGGGCUUUCCAUACCAGCUGCACCUGCCUUCCAGCCCCAGGAUGAAAGCCCCUACCAAGCCCCCAGAAAGAGCCUGUUGGGACAAGGUAUGGGGCUCACAGGUUUCUCCAAAACGAGUAGGUGGUCCCCACCAGGAAGCCCACGCCCCUGCUGGCCCUGGCCUCCUGCCUCCCCAGCCCUUGUCCUCUCAAGCUUCCCCUCACAGCCUUGCUCCCCGGCCCUGUACCUUGGGCCCAGCCUGGGCCUCGGGGAGACCCAGCAGCCCCGCAGGAGGCAUCUAGGGCUGGGCUGGGGCUGAUGCUGGAGCCCUCAGAGGGCACCCAGGAGAUCACACUCCGUGGAGCCAGGCCAGCCACACCCGUGUGUGUGUGUGUGCGUGCGUGUGUGCACGUGUGUGCGAGUGUGUGUGCGCUUGCAUCUGCUGAGAAUGCAGCAAACAGACCUGGGAGGGGGCGCUCAGGUCACAGAAGCAGCAGGGGGUGAGGUCCCCUAGGCUUGGCCUUGGCCUUGGCGAGCAAGCUUCCUGAAGGGGCUCCCAGCACUGUGCACGGAGCGGGCCCUUCCUGCCCCCAGCCCGCCUUGGCUCCGAGGGCCAGAGUGUGAAGAAGUGAGAUAUAAAUAUGUAUACAUAUAUAAAUAUAUUUUUAAUUACGUGUCGUGUCACCGUGGCUCCAGACGUACGGUUUGCCUCGUUGAUUCCAUUGCUGGACAGUGCUUCCUGGCCAAGCUGAGUAACACUCGGCUGUUUUUCUAAAUGCAGCUUGCUGCUACUUUUUCAGACGUGGAAGGAAAACGUUAAAAACUUUUUUUUUUUUAGAAACAGCAGUAAAGCCUAAAAUUUGAGACUCAGAGGCGACUUCCCAUGGGAGGCAACUCAGACCGGACCUGGGGGGCAGGAGGGGGUGCCCCAGAGCCCCCUGCUGCCUCCCCAGGCUGAUGGCCUCCCUCUGCUGACUCCUGAAUGUAUCAUGGGAAGCAAAACUGGACGUUGCAUUUCUGGGCCCAGCCCGCGGCUCCUGGCACACCCAGGAGGCCCCGGCCGGGGCUCCUGCUGCCGCCUCCGCCUCUUCCCCCUGCUGUCAGGAUGAGUUAGUCCUAGUUUUCCUCCAAGGCGGCCUGCUUGCCACAGCCCUGCUCCCCUAUGGCCUAGUGGCCACAGCCCUGCGAGGCUCCCCACCUCCUCCCGGGGCCAGGCCAGGAGCCCCCAGCAUCCCGCACCCCAACCCCAGUCUUGUCUGCUCUCUUGCCCUAACCAGUCUGUAACCUGUCCGGCCUGGGGCGCGCCUGUCCCUCCGUGUAAGUGUAAAAGUGGGCCACGUCGGUAUUUAUUCGGAUUUUUAUUUUAUUUUAUUUUCUCCGAGGGGUGGGGGCGGGGUUGUGAGAACUGUAGCAGGGAUCACGCCCUGGGCAGCUGCAGGGGUGGGGGCCCCACAGCAGGGCAGCCCCCUGGGGCCUCCACGGAGGCGUGUCCCCGCUGUCACCUGCUCCCACGGACUCUCUGGGCCUGCUCCUCGCCCGUCGGCGUGCUGUUGAGAAACCUCUGGCUGGGCCUUUGAGGACGCGGACCGGAAUGAAGACGACAGCCCUCUGCCUGGGACACUCGUGUGGGAGGGCUGGCUGCCGCGCCCAAGCCAGCGGGGAGCCGGAGCAGGGGCCGGGGGCCUUUGCCUGAAGCUGCAGCGGGACCCCGUGCAACCUCCUCCCCUCCGUCGGUGUGUCCUGCUUCCCAGCUGAACCCAAACUACAAGUGGGUUUUAAAAAAUAAACAAUACCAAAAAACACAAAA